AUGAAAUUAUACGGUUUGUCUUUGGCAAGACAUGAGAGACAUGACAUUCCCCUUCUGAAGCUGGAUGGAGCCUUCAACUUCAGUUCAACAGUUUUGCCAGCAUGUCUUCCUCAUCCAGGUGAAAAGUUUGAAGCAGGAUAUGUCUGCACUGCUUGUGGUUGGGGCUGUUUAGAUGGAAAUGGACUGCUCCCUCAGGUCUUAUAUGAAGUUGAUCUGCCAAUCCUAAACAGCAAAGAGUGUUCAAGAGCAUUAUCAACUUUAAAGAAACGCAUCCAAGGUGACACCAUAAUGUGUGCUGGAUUUCCAGGUGGAGGAAAAGAUGCCUGCCAGGGAGACUCAGGAGGCCCCCUUUUGUGUCGAUGUAAGCACGGUGCCUGGGCUCUUGCUGGUGUGAUCUUCUGGGGGAUGGGAUGUGCCCAUGGCUGGAUAAGUAAUGAGAAGAAGAAACAUUACUACAGGGGAUCUCCUGGAAUAUUCACAGGCCUCAGUGCAGUGCUUUCCUGGAUUCAAGAGAACAUGGGUGCUGAUCUGAAAAUGAGAAGCUCCACAGCAUUUUGUAGCAUUCAGGAUGGCAAACUCCGUGACAGUGAAGGGGAAUUACAUUUUCCUGGAAGUCCCAAACAGUUCUAUGAAAACCACCAGAACCAAUUUAUUAUUCCAGAUUGCAUAUAUGGACUAUUUGUGCCAGAAGGGAAUUACAUAUUGCUUCGGUUUUCCCACUUUGAUGCAGAGCCAGAAACAUUCUGUGACUAUGGUUCUUUAUCAGUCUGUUCAAAAGAUGACAGUCUCGUGGGGAAAUUCUGUGGAGAAGAUCCUCCAUUACCAAUUUUGUUUGGCUCCAAUAGUAUAAGGCUGAAAUUUUUUUCUGACCAUGAGGAUUAUGGAACUGGUUUUUCCAUGACCUACAAAGCUCUUACACCAGAUAUUCUUCCUGAUUCUGGCUGUGAGCCCCUAGCUGUCCUUUUUGAAGAAGGAGUCUUACAGAGUACACACUAGCCAGAACACUACAGCAACACGGCAGACUGUCAAUGGAUUAUUUAUGCACCAGAGGACCAUGGAACCAAGUUUUUCAUUUUUUAUUUAAAACUUACCUACCAGUCCUUUGAGGUAGAAGAGAGUGAAGAUUGCUCCUAUGAUGCAGUGACUGUGUAUGAAGAUGUGGGAAAAGAGGAGGAAAUCGCCAAGCCUUGUGGAUUUGCCCUAGUGGCACCUGUCCUAAGCUCCUCUGCUGUAAUGCUGGUUGUCUUUUACCCUGAUGAAACAGAGACCUUUGGAGGAUUCAGAACCACAGCCUCUUUUGUUCAUGUAGCAGAUUUAGAUAGACUGAAUCCAACUAGUGAAGAAGAAUCUGGAGGUAUGGAUAUGGAUAUGACUGAAGAAGAAAUGCAGGUUACAAGAGAUGAUACUUGUGGAAUGCCUUCAAAUCAGCCCAGGCUCAUCUUCAGCAGGAUAACUGGAGGUGAAGAAGCUGUACCACCCUCAUGGUCUUGGCAGGCCAGUGUACAAAUUUCAGAUGAGCCUAUCUGUGGAGGAGCAGUUCUUGCCAAAGAAUGGGUUGCCACAGCUGCCCACUGCCUUGAUUCCAAGGAACUAUACAGAGAUUUAUGGAUGGUGGUAACAGCACUUCAUGAUCUUACAGAGCAAGAGUACAGACAGGAAAGACUGUGGCAAAUCGGGCCUCUGGACCAGAGUUCCUGCUUCCCUGUUUCUGCUGCUGAACGUGAACGCAAUGAGAAUUGAGGCAGGGGAAGGAAGAGUGGA